UCCCUCUCCGGACGGAAGCGGCGGAAGCUGGCAGAGCGUACGGAGGCAAGCGUGCAGGUGUCCGAGUUCAACGUCAGCUGCAAAGGUGCUGGGGAGAAGCUGGUUCUGUCCGAGCUCCUGCAGCCCAUCCGUCCCAAAUCCGCCCUGAGCAGCGUAAAGAAAGAGCUGACCAGAGUGAAGCAGAAAAAGGCAGUGGAGCUGCCGCUCAGCAAAGAGGAGGCAAAGCGGGUGAGUGGGCCUGCGUCGUCCUACGUCAGGACCUCUAAAGACGUGGGCAAAUGGCAGCAGGUGGUUUUGCAGAACCGACGGGCAGAGCAGCUGGUUUUCCCUCUGAAGCAGGAGAUUGCUACAGUCGCCCCCCUGGAGCAAGUGGUUUCAGCGUGGAAGGCCCGAACUCCCCUGGAGCAGGAGAUCUUUGGACUGCUCCACAGGACGCAGCAGCCCAUCACGGACCCGCUCCUGACACCAGAGGAGACAGCCUCGCUGCAGGCGAUGAGCUUGGAGGAGGCCCGGCAGCGGCGGGCAGAGCUACAGAAGGCUCGGGCUGUGCAGUCCUACUACGAAGCCAAGGCUCGGCGAGAGAAGAAGAUCAAGAGCAAGAAGUACCAUCGCGUGCUGAAAAAAAGCAAGAGACGCAAGGCCUUAAAGGAGUUUGAGCUGCUGCAUAAGUCAGACCCUGAGGCCGCCUUGGCAAGGCUGGAGGAGCUGGAGCAGCUCCGGAUGCAGGAGCGGAUGAGUCUCAAGCACCAGAACAAGGGAAAAUGGGCCCGCUCCAGGGCCAUUAUGGCCAAGUAUGACCUGGAGGCCCGCAAGGCCAUGCAGGAGCAGCUGGCCAAGAACAAGGAGUUGAUGCAGAAGGUGCGGGUGGAGCUGCCUGAGGAGGAGCCAGGUGAUGUGCCUGAGGAGGACCUCACGUCGGUGACCAUCCCCACCAUCCCCGAGGGUGCCAGUGGAGCUAAUCCCUGGAUGCUGGGCAAGCCCAGCGGCCCAGCCGAGGAGCCUGAGGGGCAGGAGGGUCUUGGAGACGUUGAGGUGCCUGGUGUUGCGGAGAGCAAGGAGGAGAUAGAGGAGGAAGAGAUGUCGGAGGAGGAAGCUCUGCUACAAGACUUUGCACAGAAACGACACGUGCGGCAGCAGCGGGCAGGGAGCCCUGAGGGACAAGGUGAGGAGCUCGCAGCCCUGGGCAGUGCGGGUCUGGUGUGCCACAGCGUUGGGCAAACAGAAGGGGGUGCUGAUGAGACGGAGGCGGUUUCUGAACUGCUGGGGGACAGCCCCAUCCGCCCCGUCUGUGCCGAGGAGCAGGCGAGCCUUGGGAUCGAGCAGCCUCCCCAGGCCCAGGAGGAGAUCCUGCUGUCGGAGCAGCUGGGCCGGGUGCGGACGAUGGAGGACGUUGAGGCUCUGGCCUCAGAGGAGCGUGUGGAAGAGCAGGAGAAGCCAGCGGCCACAAGAGCAGAGAAGCGAGUGCAGCAGCAGGAGGAAGGCAGAGCUGGGGACAGGCAUGCCAAGAAACCACCAGCCAAGAAGAAGAUGAUUAGCCUGCAGGCCGUGCUGGCUGGGAAGCCCCAGGAGGUUCAGUGCCCCAGCCUACCUGUGGUCAUGGAGGAGGAGGAGGGUGGCAUCGACCAAAGAGGGGUGAUCACAGAGGCCUUUGCCGGGGAUGACGUGGUCGCUGACUUCCGCCGGGAGAAGCGCAAGGCGGAGCAGGCUGCGAAGCCGCAGCCGGUGAACCUGGUGCUGCCAGGCUGGGGCGAGUGGGGAGGCACGGGAUUGAAGCCCAGUACCAAGAAAAUAAAACGGUUCCUGCUCAAGCCGCCCCCGGCGCCUCCCAGGAAGGACCAGCACUUGCCCCACGUCAUCAUGAGCGAGCGGCGCAACAUCCACGCGGCAGCACAUCAGGUCAGCGAGCUGCCCUUCCCCUUUGAGAGGCACCAGCAGUUUGAGCAGAGCAUCCGGACGCCCGUGGGCCCCACGUGGAACACGCAGCGUGCCUUCCAGAAGCUGACCGCCCCCCGCAUCAUUACCCGAGCGGGUCACAUCAUCCAGCCCAUCUCUGCCGAGGAUAUCCCCGAC